GCGCUAACUUCCAUCUUCCUUCCUCGGCAGGUCACAGGCGCCGUUUUCUGUAGAGUAUGAAGGUGCCACCGCUGAACUUGACUCCAGAUAUAAACCGUGUGGGAAUGGCGCUACCGUUCAGUCCCGACCUGCUGUGGCGGUAUCCACUGUCGCUGCCUCACUCCACGUCGCCCUCCUCCCCGAUGCUCGACGUCAAGAAUCAGAUGCCCACACACCUCGCUGCAGAUCCACGGAUGUGGUCCCGUGAUGAUGUGACAGCAUUUCUUCGCUGGUUUGAGAGAGAGUUUGAACUGCCAACCAUUGAUCUAUCCAAAUUUUGCAUGAAUGGAAAGGCAUUAUGCAUGCUGACAAAAUCAGAUCUGGCAGAUCGUGCUCCAGGGGCUGGGGACAUACUGCACAACACACUUCAGUUUCUCCUACGUGAUGCCCCACAGGUGCCUCAGUCCCCUCUCACGCCUCACCAUCCACUGCUUUCACCAUCACCUCUCACCACUUCACCUGGACAGCCAUGGUCCAUAAUGAACCAUGAUAUCCAUAACUUCAGCCACUUGUUGCACCAGGGUGGUUCUGUCACUUUAAGUCCUGCAUCAUCAGAGCAGAGUGGAGGAUCUCCUCGCCAUCCUGACACAGCCUCUUCUACCUCCUCUACCUCCACAGCAGCCUACCACCAUUCCUCUGCUGCCUCCACAGGUUCUGCUCAUUCUGGCAGUCAAUCAGAUUCAGAGGAUUCAACACGAGAUUCUUCAUCGCCUCAGCGAUCACCCCUGCCACCAAAUAAUGUAACUGCUGUGUCAUUCCCUGCUCAUGCCUUGGCUUCCCUUAAACACCUUACUGACUGUCAACGUGCUGCUGCCGCUGCUGCAGCUACAGCUGCUGCAUCCCAAAAUAUUAACUCACACCAGGAUAGUCUGCAACAGCAUCAACACACACAUCAGCUUCAACACCAACAUCAACACCAACACCAGUCACAGCCACCAUCACUACAAUCUCAGGGCCUUUUAGGACCAAAUGAAGAGCCAAUAGAGACUGGAACCAAUGGUCGCCUUUUGUGGGAUUUCUUACAGCAGUUGUUGAAUGACCCGCAACAGCGAUACUCUCGCUAUAUUGCAUGGAAGAUUCGCGACACUGGGGUAUUCAAAAUUGUUGAUCCACCAGGAUUGGCGCGACUCUGGGGAAUACAGAAAAACCACCUGAGCAUGAACUAUGACAAAAUGUCUCGUGCUCUACGUUAUUACUACCGUGUAAAUAUUCUCCGUAAGGUGCAGGGCGAAAGACAUUGUUACCAGUUCCUUCGCAACCCCUCAGAAUUGAAAAGUAUCAAGAAUAUCAGUAUGUUGCGUACAACACCUCUGCAGUCUCCACGCUCCAAGGAUGCUCCUACUGUUGUGCAGCCUGCACCAAUGGAAGAGGAGGAGGGCCCCACAGAUCUCUCAAUGUCAUCAAUUCAUCAUCAGUACCAUGCCACUCCACCUGCUCCCAUGGAAACCCAACCCCAGAAUUUAACUUUAGAGCCUCACAACCUCUCUAUAGUAAUAAAGAGUGAAGAGUAUCUGGAACAUAGCUAUGAAUAACUGCCCAACUACAAGAUAAUUGGUCUUGUGUGACCAGCCCAACCUGACCUAACUUGAUGCUGUCAUGACGGGUUGCCCCUGCCAUAAAGCGCAGGGUCAGGUCUGCUGCCCUCGGCCCGUGCACCCCACUUUCUGUUGCUACUGUGAAAGUAGUUUCACUGGUGGUGGUGGUGGUACUGGGCUGUAGUGGCUGUGAGGGUGAUGCAAAUGCAUCACUCAGGGCAUUGGUGGAGCUUGGUCAUUUUAUGGCACACUGUAGUGCUGUGAGACCACUCAGGGUGGCUGCCCUAUUCAAGAAAAGGGUUGAUGGCUACCGGCUCCGUGCCUUGCUCAGGCGGGUAGAUUGGUGAGAGCUCCAAGUGGCACUAUCCCUAUCUACUCGCUGCCUACACUGUGGCUUGCUGUGAUAACAGAUGUACACUCCCUCUUUUAAAUCCUAAACUCCAGGCUAGAACUCAGUCUAACUGCCAUUCAACUCCCCACAUGUACAAAGGCAUCUAAGCUGUAAGAUUUUGUCCAGUAGUGUUUAUAUCAUUAACACACUGGCAUCUUCUCUUUGGUGUGUGCCGGGCACGAGGAUGGAGCAUGAUCUCGGCUCUCUUGGGGCUGGAACUUCUCGACUGUACAGUACCUGGCGUGCAUGGUGUACAUGGUAUGUAUGUAGUAUCACCUUCUCUCAUUGCUCUUGUGAUAUACCACCAUUCCAAACUCAAUAUAGGCUUGAUAUUUCAAGCAAGUAUGCAUGUCAUUAGAUUGGCUGGGACUUUCACUCUUAUUCUCCCAGAGAAUAGGUGUGAAGGUCUUUGGCUACUAUUGAGAAGAAAAAAUUGCCAGAUAUAACUAUAAGUGCGCCCGUCCCGUGCCGACCACUUUCCUGGAGAUAUGUGUAGACUUCAUGUGUUAAUGUGAUUUCCGUCUUUCAAUCAAUUGAUCACUUAUAAUUUUUACGUGUUUUUAGAAAACCAAAUUUACAAAUUGUACACCUCACAUGUUCUUUACUACACUGUAUGCAUAUAGAUAUAUAUUAUAACUGUAUAAAGUUGUAUUUAUAAAAUAAACUUGUUUUGUACAUGCAAAGUGUC